UUUCUGUCUUUAGCUUUCUUUACCUUUAUAAAUGUGCUUCACCCACUGUAGAUCCAAUUCUCAGGAUACACAAAGCAGUUUCUCCAUUACAACUUCUUCUUCCCACUCUGAGAGAGCAAAGCUAAGAGAGGAUGGGGAACCUGUCUUGCUGUGUGAAAGUGGACCAGUCCACUGUUGCCAUGAAGGAAAGGUUUGGCAAGUUUGAGGAUGUUCUUGAGCCUGGCUGCCAUUGCAUGCCAUGGUUCCUCGGAAGCAGUGUCGCCGGCAGCCUCUCCCUUCGCCUGCAGCAGCUUGAUGUUCGCUGUGAAACCAAGACCAAGGACAAUGUGUUUGUGAACGUUGUGGCUUCAGUUCAGUACAGGGCCCUGGCCAACAAGGCAAACGAUGCUUUCUACAAGCUGACCAACACCAGGUCCCAAAUCCAGGCUUACGUUUUCGACGUGAUCAGAGCCAGUGUCCCCAAACUGAACCUGGAUGCAGCUUUCGAGCAGAAGAACGAGAUAGCUAAGGCAGUUGAAGACGAGCUGGAGAAGGCCAUGUCUGCCUAUGGGUAUGAGAUCGUCCAGACGCUGAUCGUUGAUAUCGAGCCCGACGAGCGUGUGAAGAGGGCAAUGAACGAGAUCAAUGCUGCUGCGAGAUUGAGGCUGGCGGCGAACGAGAAAGCAGAGGCGGAGAAAAUCGUGCAGAUCAAGCGAGCAGAGGGAGAUGCAGAGUCCAAGUUCCUGUCCGGGCUGGGUAUCGCGCGCCAGCGCCAGGCGAUCGUCGACGGCCUGAGGGACAGCGUGCUGGGCUUCUCCGGCAACGUCCCGGGGACAUCGGCCAAGGAUGUGCUGGACAUGGUCCUCAUAACCCAGUACUUCGACACCAUGAAGGAGAUCGGAGCUGCCAGCAAGUCUACCGCCGUGUUCAUUCCUCAUGGCCCCGGUGCUGUCAACGACAUCGCUGCCCAGGUUCGAGAUGGUCUCCUUCAGGCAAACCCUCCUCAGUGAAAAUCCCUUAAGCAUCUGCCCGUCUAUCUAUUAUUUGUUUAAGCUCUUGCAUUGCAUCUAUGGCGGUAACAGUGUGGAAGAAAGCUUCGAACUUGAUUUCCAUAAUAUACCAGUGUGAUAACUGAUAAGAGUUGUAUAUGUAUGAUCAAUGAUGGAAGAGUGUGCAAGGCAAUAACUUCAGCGCCCCUCCCACCCCCAACACCCAAUGGUAAUAGCAACUAUUUCUUUUUAGCUGGUUUCUGUAGUUUGUUUUGGUUUAAGGUGUUUGAAUUAAUGACUUUGGGUGUCAAAUCCGCAAAGAAAAGGCUUUUGCUCGACCUCUUGUUUGAAAAAAAAAAACAUAACAAUAAAAUUUUUCUACUUCUUUUGUGGCUUUCAAAUAAAUAAAUAAAAUUUCCUUUUUCGUUGCGCGACUUCCAGACGAAAGGGGAAGAAAGACAGACAGACAGACGACGGAGAAGAUGGCGUCAGCAAAGAUGGCUCUGUUUGUGGCCGUGUGCUUAGCCGCCGCCAUGAUCCAGACGUUGAACGCGGACCCGGCCGUGUACGACCCCGUUUGGCAGAAGCGCGCCGAGGAAGCCAAGAAGAACACCAUGAAUGCUUACAUACCGGACGUCAUGGAAGUCAGCAACGACAAGAACGCCGGCGACACCACCGUCGUCGUCGAGUCCGCUGCCGGACAGGCUCCGCUUGCAGCUGUCGCCGGAGGUGCCGCCACCAGCCCUGCUCCUGCAGUCGCGGAGCCAACAGGCGACAAGAAAGUUAGUGGCAAUUAAUGUUUGUUUAAUGAUGACACACCUUGUAA